GGUAUAGAAGAGGACUUGUUCUUCCAGCUUUCUUCUUCUCCUCUAAACUAUUUCUGCAUCUUUCUCUAAGAUGGUUUGAAGUUUUUUGCAUGGCGAGUCAUAGAGUAGGAGAGACUGGUCUAUCAGGUUCAGGACCUUCAAAUCAACAUAUGCCAUAUGCAGUAUUACAGGGGAUCGGUCUUCCUUCAACCAAUUUCAUUAAUCAACAAGGAUCUUCGUUUGAUUUUGGAGAGUUGGAAGAGGCCUUCGUUCUUCAAGGAGUUAAGCUUGGUGAUGAUGCCAAAAAACCUUUUUUCACAACCAGGCCAGCUGCUACUCUGGAGAUGUUCCCUUCAUGGCCAAUGAGAUUCCAGCAAACUUCCAGAGGAAGUUCAAAAUCGGAAGAAGAAAGCAGUGAUUCAGGAUCGGCUCAGAACACUGAUGCUCAGUUUGAACCAGAAUCUUCUAUCACUAACAAGGCAUUAGAGCAAGUUCUUGAUCAGAAUCAGCUACAGCAACAACAGCAAGUAGAGAUGAUGGCAAGUGAUACCUCAAGAACUAGACCAACACCAAAUCAACAAGCCAAAUCGCUGGUAAAGAGAAAGGGGUCACCUAGUUCAACUUCAGAGAAAAUCCUUGAUGCAAAGACGUUGAGACGUUUAGCACAGAAUAGGGAAGCAGCAAGGAAGAGUCGACUGAGAAAAAAGGCUUAUGUACAGCAGCUAGAGUCUAGUAGGAUAAAGCUUACUCAACUAGAACAAGAUCUUCAUCGAGCCAGAUCUCAGGGUAUGUUCGUGGGAGUGGGAGGUGGAGGUGGUGGUGGUGGUGCAGGUGGAAACAUCAGCUCCGGUGCGGCUUUAUUUGACAUGGAAUAUGGAAGAUGGUUAGAGGAUGAGCAGAGGUAUAUGUCGGAGCUCCGGACAGGUUUGCAGGCUCAACUAUCGGACGGUGACCUGAGAUUACUAGUGGACAGAUACCUAUCCCACUACGAUGAGAUCUUCCACCUCAAGGCUGUCGCCGCCAAAUCCGAUGUCUUCCACCUUGUCACCGGAAUCUGGACCUCACCAGCCGAACGCUGCUUCAUCUGGAUGGGAGGAUUUCGACCCUCCGAACUUAUUAAGAUAUUGAUGGCACAAUUAGAUGCAUUCACGGAGCAGCAGUUGAUGGGGAUAUGCAGUCUGAAGCAGUCGUCGCAGCAAGCGGAGGAGGCAUUGUCACAGGGGCUGGAGCAGCUCCACCAGUCUCUUGCUGAUACCAUUGCCUCAGAGCCUCUCUCACUGGGUGACGGAACCACCACCAACAACGUCGCUGACUACAUGGGUCAAAUGGCCGUUGCCCUCGCCAAACUCUCCAACCUCGAAGGUUUCGUCCGCCAGGCUGAUAAUUUGAGACAGCAAACACUUCACCAGAUACGCCGGAUUCUGACUAUUCGACAAGCCGCACGAUGUUUUCUUGCAAUCGGAGAGUACUACAAUAGGUUACGAGCCCUUAGUUCCCUCUGGACAACCCGUCCUCGAGAGAACAUGAUUGGAGAUGAAAGCUCCGGCCAAACAACGACAGAGUUGCAGAUGGUUCAACACAACCACACUCAUUUUUCAAACUACUAAUCGAAUCACCAAUGAGAAGACAUUUGCCUGUUUGAGCAACCAAAGCAACACGGAACUUAUUUUGUUAUUCCAUUGCCAUUGGACCCAUCAAGCUAUACAAUAGGA